AUGGAGGGAGCCACUUUAUCCAUCUUUGUUACUAUCCAGAAGAUCUACUACCCUUUACUUUGUGUCAUUGGCAUUCCAGGAAACCUCUUCACAUUCUACAUGAUCUGUUUCCGUAAUUGUGGGAUGUCCAGCACAGCCAUCAUCUACCUCAGCUGUCUAGCUAUUGCUGACAUUUUCUACUUGGUGUGGGUAAUUCUUAUUGACCUAACUCUCGCCUUCUGGACCCUGCAGCCCUUCUGGCACUCUUACCCCUGGUGUAGCAUUCUGGGAUUUUUGCAGUAUGGGUCACUCUACAGCUCCUCUUGGAUUGUGGUGGUGUUCACCAUCGAGCGUUACUUGGUCCUCCGCAGCACGGCUGUCAAACAGCAUUUGUCACAAACUAGGGUCACUAAGCUUACCUGCAUAGCUAUUGUGCUGGUAUCCCACCUGGUCUCUGUGCCUCUGGCUUGGAUCAAUAUUGUCACACCUGUGAACCUCACAGUGGAUGGAGAGAACAUCACAUUGCCCAGAUGUCUAUACCGCAAUGAGACCUACACUACUGUUAUAGUGUGGAUAACUACAUUCCUCUCAGGAGGAAUUCCGAUCGUGUUGGUUAUCAUUUUCAAUUACCUCAUUGGGUACCAUUUGUGCAAUGCCAGUAAGCUCUUCACUAAAGAGGAGUAUCGUGUCAUGCAGGGUAAAAGCACGAGGGGCAUGUUGAGGAGGACCAUUCUCCUGCUGGGAACCGUCUCUGUGGCUUUUGUUGUGCUUAGCCUUCCUCGUUUUGUCACGUAUUGCAUCUUGAGGACCAACUACAAUAAUGAGAAUUUUAAUAGAAAUGACUACAGCAUUCCAAUCAACGUUGCCGGAGACAUUGCCAACAUGCUGCAGAACCUGAACUCCACCACAAACUUCCUACUCUACUGUAUGGUCAGUCGCCGCUUCCGGCAAGAGCUGGUCCAGGUACUGACUUGUAAUGAGAAGGCACUUGAACUGGGCUCUGUCCUCACAAAUACUACCAUGAAAGUUUUUUCAGUGGUGGAUCAUAAGGCUUCAUAUUCCAGCAACCCUGUGUCUGUGGUGCUAACCAGUUUAAAACCUACAGAAUAG